UAUAUAUUAAUAACACAAGGUCGAUUGCUAGUCACUCAUUGUUCUGACAAUUUCCUGUGAACCUUAGUAUAGCACGAUUUUUGCUGUCUCCGCCUGAGAAUAAUACGAUUAGCUUAUGCAUUUAUGCCAACUGGUGACUGGCUAACUUGGAAGUUGACAAAAGUAUGAAACACACAAGCGCAAGCACGUGCCGUACGUACUUCUAACAUGCAUACGUGAAACCGUCACAAACGUAAGAGCAUUCAAGAAGUCACCGCACAUUGUUCACACAUCACAAUCACCUCCAAGCAGAUAAUGAUGCAGCCGAUGAUGAACACAAGUUGGACCGCUUACAGUUUGGCAACACGAGCAGCAACCCAUAUGGGCGCUAACAAUUGCCGCUGGCAUUGGUGUAGGACGUCGCAGCAGAAGCUGUCUGUUGUCAAGAUGAAGAAGAAGAAGAAGCAGUAGAAAAAGCGCAUAGAUGCGCGCACGCGCUAUCAAUCCAUUCACUAAACGCGCAUGCGCUUUGUUUUUGGCACCCACAUGAGCCAAAUAGCAUCAAUUUAUAGAUUUCUCAAGAGUUUUGUUGCUCUGCGCCUGCUUUAGUUGCUGGCUGUAGCACAGUUACUUACUGUAUUUAUAUUUUAUAAAGUAAAAAUAUAUUUUUUUUCGACGCGGCGGCGCAGUUUUGUCGCCUUUGCGCCACAUUUUGCACUUAUUAUGCCACUAGGGGGCGAACAGCGUGCGCUGGUCGCUUACUUUUGAUUUCGUUUACUCAUCCAAACAAACGAUUGGCGUUUGCGCUUUGUAGAGAAUCUUAGCGGCUGGCGGCUGUCUUGCAAAGCGAGUGACACGAACGCGAGCCCACAGCUGCUGCUGCAGGAGAACGAAAUGAAGAUGAACGGCGGCGGCGUCUGCGAUUGCCGAUCGCGACUAGUACUUGCAACGUUUGUAGGUGAAUGACGAGUGGCAGCAACGUCAACGGCUAUACACAACUAAAGCAGUCAUAGAGGCAGGCAGCCUUUGCAGCAUCUCACAUCAAUUGAAAACAAAAACAAUCAGUGCAACCAAAUCAUAACUUGGCGGUGCUGUGGAAAUCCUCUCGCUUUUCGAAUGGCUGGCUCUUCUGCUUUAUUAUAUUUACUAUUUAUAUAUGAAUGUCGGUAUAUGCAUAUUUUUGGGGUUUCACUACGGCCGCCUUCAAAAAGAAGUCUUUGCUUUUUGGCAUAUAAAUAUGGCAACAUUUGGUGCUUGGAAAUCAGUCAGAAUUUGGGUUUUAAUCAUUCGAUUUGUAUUGCGAUAGUCAAGUCGGUCGAGUGUUGGCAAAACAAAGCGUCUUGUAGCAAAGCGCAGUAAACGGCAGCGUGUAACAGUGCAACAGGGACACAGCGGCACAGACAGGACUCUUGGUCCUGACCUAAGUAGAACUGGUGUGCGAAAUUUUUCGGCGCUAAUUUAAGUAUUUCACUGAUACUCAGCUCAGUUAAGGCAUACCAAAAAGAAAUCUAAACGUAGUACGUCACAAUGUCGAGAAUUUGGUGUUUCGUGAGUUUAUUGUUGGUGCUGUCAGCGGUGCUGGCGCGGCCCGAGCCGCCUGUGAACUCUUACUUGCCACCCUCAGCCAAUGGUAAUGGGAAUGGUGGUGGACGUCCUUCAUCGCAAUAUGGCGUGCCUGGACUGGGUGGUAACGGUAACGGCAAUGGUAACGGCGGUGGACGCCCCUCGAGCACAUAUGGCGCACCCGGUUUAGGCGGUAAUGGUAACGGUAACGGUGGUGGACGUCCUUCGAGCACAUAUGGCGCACCUGGUUUAGGUGGUAAUGGCAACGGUAAUGGUAACGGCGGUGGACGUCCCUCGAGCACAUAUGGCGCACCUGGCUUAGGUGGUAAUGGUAACGGCGGUGGACGUCCCUCGAGCACAUACGGCGCACCCGGCUUAGGUGGUAAUGGCAACGGUAAUGGUAACGGCGGUGGACGUCCUUCAAGCACAUACGGCGCGCCCGGUUUGGGUGGUGGUAAUGGUAACGGAAACGGUAAUGGUGGCGGACGUCCAUCUAGCACAUAUGGCGCACCAGGCUUGGGAGGCAAUGGUAAUGGCAACGGCAACGGCGGUGGACGUCCCUCAAGCACCUAUGGCGCGCCAGGUCUUAAUGGCAACGGUUUGGGUGGUGGACAAAAACCCUCAGAUAGUUAUGGUCCUCCAGCUUCUGGUAAUGGCAAUGGUUAUUCGAAUGGCGGUAAUGGUAAUGGCAAUGGAGGUGGACGUCCAAGCCAAGAAUACUUGCCACCUGGUCGCAAUGGUAACGGAAAUGGCAAGGGCGGCAGAGGUAAUGGAAACGGUGGCGGCGCAAAUGGCUACGAUUACUCUCAGGGCGGCAGUGAUAGCGGCGAGAGCGGCGAGCCGGCGCAAUACGAAUUUAGUUACGAAGUAGAAGAUGCUCCGAGUGGUUUGUCCUUCGGACAUUCAGAGAUGCGCGAUGGUGACUAUACAACGGGACAAUACAAUGUGUUGUUGCCUGAUGGAAGGAAGCAAAUCGUCGACUACGAAGCCGAUCAGGGUGGUUAUCGUCCACAGAUUCGCUACGAAGGUGAAGCUAACACUGACGCCGGUGGUCUCGGUGGACUCGGUGGCGGUGCUGGUGGCGCUAAUGGUUAUGAUUAUGAACAGAAUGGUAAUGGGCUCGGCGGCGGCAAUGGUUAUUCUAGUGGACAAGAUUUAGGCAGCAAUGGUUACUCCAGUGGACGUCCCAAUGGCAAUGGUAACGGUAAUGGAAAUGGUAACGGUAACGGCUAUAGCGGCCGCAACGGUAAAGGACGCAAUGGCAACGGUGGCGGACAAGGACUCGGUCGCAAUGGCUACUCUGACGGACGUCCAAGUGGACAAGACUUAGGCGAUAAUGGUUACGCAAGUGGACGUCCCAACGGCAAUGGUAAUGGCGGUAAUGGCAAUGGUUACUCGAACGGUAAUGGCAAUGGCAAUGGGGGCGGUCAAUACAAUGGCAAUGGCAAUGGCUACUCCGAUGGCAGACCGGGCGGUCAAGACAAUCUCGACGGACAGGGUUACUCCAGUGGCCGUCCGAAUGGUUUUGGUCCCGGUGGUCAAAAUGGCGACAAUGAUGGCAACGGUUAUCGAUAUUAAUUAGCUGAGAUUGGACAACGAUUACGUGACGACCCAUAGCGGACAACGAGCCCACGAAUAAACGGCGGGCGUGGAAAAAUGAAACGCUCCUCAUCAUGCACAUAUUACAUACUUACAAACACAUUACCCAUACUCGUAUUCAAUCAUCAUAACACUAGACUAUUAUAUACGUAAUGUAUUUGCAUCUUAUCUAGUUAGCAUUUAGUGCGUGUAUAUGAAAUGCAUGUGGCAUAUAAAUAAGAACAGUUAGUAAACUUAAAGUUUUAAUGUGAAUCUGCUAAACCCUUUAAUCCCGAACUUCAUAAUCUUUGCAUAAAGCUUCAUCUUCUUCAUCCUCAUUUGAAAGUAGUCGUUCAACCUGACUGUGUUUAACUUACUACUCAUAACUCAUUUCAUAAAAGUCUAUGCUAAGUUGUACUCCUUACCUUCUAAAUACUCAUGUUUUUGUUUAUAAAUAAUAUAUACUUAUAUAUAUAUACAAGCCAACACAUGUAAAUCUUAGGUUAAUAUUAUAGCAAUGAAACGGACAAGCAAAUG